UCCGGCCCUCGGCAAGGCACCACCUGGCAGCCGGCCUACUCCUUCCACGUCAGCGCCGACGGGCAGAUCGGCGGGCAGAUCCAGCCGGUGCCCUUUCCCCAUGACGCGCUGGCGGGUCCCGGCAUCCCGCGGCACGCCCGGCAGAUCAACACGCUGAGCCACGGCGAGGUGGUGUGCGCCGUCACCAUCAGCAACCCCACCAGGCACGUCUACACGGGGGGCAAGGGCUGCGUCAAGAUCUGGGACAUCAGCCAGCCGGGCAGCAAGAGCCCCAUCUCCCAGCUGGACUGCCUGAACAGGGAUAACUACAUCCGCUCCUGCAAGCUGCUCCCCGACGGCCGCACGCUGAUCGUGGGGGGGGAGGCCAGCACCCUCACCAUCUGGGACCUGGCCUCCCCCACGCCCCGCAUCAAGGCCGAGCUCACCUCCUCCGCGCCCGCCUGCUACUUCCAAGGCCGCACGGAGGGCGCCAGCUGCAUAGAUAUCUCGCACGACGGUACGAAGUUGUGGACGGGGGGUCUGGACAACACGGUGCGUUCCUGGGACCUGCGGGAAGGGCGGCAGCUCCAGCAGCACGACUUCACCUCCCAG